UAAUUGCCAAACAAUUACCAUUAUUUCACGUAGUAACCUGCGUAGGAAUAAGACUACGAGUAGUGUGGCUACGUUUUCAUUAUGGCUGCUCCUUACGUCAGAAACUGUUACAAUUGUGGGUUACCUGGUCAUUUUUCAAGAGAAUGUCCUCAUCCACGGCGAACACCGUUAACGGGAGCAAAUGCAACUCCUGUGAGUACUCUUCUGUUGACUCUUCCGGCUCYUGCUGCURUGCAAUCGGCGUAUGUGGCUCCGACUCCGGCAGCGGCUCCUGCACCAAUUGYUGUUCCGAACAACUAUGGUCAACGAAYGGGUUACUGGAGGCAGACUUUGGAUCGCWGUGCUGCUUUUGUCGAUGAAGCAAGGGCUAAGAAGGCUAAGCAGAAAGAGGAAGAGGAGAAUGAAAAGAGGAAGAAGGAGGCGCAAAAGGAGAGGGAAGAGUUCGAAGCGAGGGUUGGUGAUAGGCUUGAGAGCAGAUUGGCGGCGAUUUAUGGUAACGCUGUAACUGGAGGAAAGAAGGUGGUCGCGGUGGCUGAAUCCAGUGGUAAAGACAAGGAAGCRGAUGAACUASAGAGGUUGCGAAGAGAAAACGAGGAAAUUAGGAAGAAAUUGGAGAAGGAAAAUGACAGUAAUGAAGGUUUGGUUGAUAGACUGAUUCGAGAGAACGAAGAGUUAAGGAAGAAGAUGGGCUCGAUUCGGAAUCCAUUGGAGGAUSGUUWGGAUAAGCUUAUGAGGGGGAUGCAAGAGUUGCGUGAGGAGAGRAAAGMGGAUAAGGAACUGUUGGUCGACAUGAAAUCAGAGAUUGGUUCGCUUAGGAAAGAGAAGCAACAAUCGAUGGAGGAGACACARAUGUGGAUGAACGAGGCAUUGAGGYCGGGCAACAAAAGAGGCACGAUAGCGAUUACGACACCAGAGAGCGGAAUAAGAGAGAGGACAAGGCAGCGGGUGAUGGGAUCCUCUUCCAAUAUGCGAGAGGAAAUUCGGAGAAUGAAGGAUGCGRAGUACUGUACUUUGCGUGAGGCGGGGRCGUUAAAGCAGAGGAGAACGAAUGCGRAGGCAAAAAAGUUGGAAGYAGAGAACAAGAAACGAGAGGMGGAAGCGAAAGUUGCUAGACUUCGGGAGCAGGUGGAAAGGCUCACGACCGAAGCUGUGGUUAAGCCGACAGGUGGGACAGACUUGAAGAGCAAGAUGGACGCGGCUGCUACUAGCGGUAAAAAAACGGGGAGGYGAGRUWGGCCUAAGGYGUUGGCAGGGAGAACGCCAAGGAAGGACAUCAGCGUCAGUKGAGAGAAUGAUCGGUUUGCCUAUCUGCAAGAAGAGAAGAAAAAACUGCGUGCAUUGAAGAAAUUUGGUCUUGAAAAGAUCUGUUUGCAAGAAGGGAUUGAUUACAAGACUAUCGAACAAACGGCUGAUGAGCUGGYGGAAAUAASGGCUGACKCGCGAUUCGGAAGGAAGCUCGGGGAGACUUCUGGCUCUGCAGGGGAAGCCGAAAUUAAAAACGAUAAGGAAUCUGCUGUUGACAAGGGUAAGGAUGAG